AUAGUGGGCAUCACAAGUUGAUAAACGAGAGAGAAGAGAUUAGAGACGAAUAAGAGAAAGGAAAGAUGGGAUAGAAGUCGUAAUUCAACCACAGGGAUCACUAUUCAAUAGCAUCAUCAAAUCAAAUGGCGAUCGAUAAGCUAUCCGAAGAUUUGCUCAUGGAGAUUCUGUGGAGACUUCCUGUGAAAUCCCUCCUUCAAUUCAAGUCAGUCUGCAAAAACUGGUAUGCUCUUAUCCGAAACCCUAGCUUUAUUUCCCUCCAUCACCAACGCGCUGCCUUCAUCGCCGCCGAUGAAAACACCGACUGCCUCCUCGUUAAGCGAUUCCUGGACGGCGGCGAGGGGGCCGUCGUUUUGUCCUUUGUCCCCGACCAAAACCCAGUUGAAGAUAUAGACAUAUCUUCCACUGGUCUAGAUAUUAAAGCACUGCGAAUCUUGGGUCCUUGUAACGGCAUCGUUUGUCUCACCCGGUUCGGUUUAAAUUCCCCCAUUGUGCUAUGCAACCCUUCAAUGAAAGAAUUCAGGAUACUUCCUCAACCUUCUUAUAAAAAUGACCACAUUAGCAAUUUGGGAUUUGGGUUUCAUUUCUUUACAGAUGAUUAUAAAGUGGUUAGAUUCGCCAUGAUGAGUACAGAUUUAAACAUUAGGGGCAUUGAUGAAAUGAUUGAAAUAUAUGACUUGAGUACAGAUUCGUGGAGGGAAGUUGAGGCAAAGUCCCCUAUCGAGUCUGGUUUCCAUUGUUGUCAUGAUUCGUAUGUGUCGUGGAAUGGGGAUUGUUUCUGGUAUGCCAACAGUCACGAUAAUGGUGGUGCGGUGAUUAUGACGUUUAGCAUGACCGAUGAGGUAUUUGAAGAGAUGCCCGUGCCAGAAGUUUGCUUGUUAGACCAGCAUGGUGAAAAUAAACUUUUUGUUUUGAACGAUUCCCUUGCCAUGGUUAUUUAUCCGAAGUGGUGGUGUAAUCCAUAUGUGUUUCCACCUGACUUGUUUUUGUUGGAGAAGUCCUUUGACAUAUGGGUAAUGAAUGAAGAGGAUGUUGAGGUGUCAUGGACUAAAAAGUUCACUAUUGGCCCUUUUAAAGGACUCGACUGGGCAUUGGGAUUUCGGCAAAACGGUGAGUUCCUACUUGAGCGUGGCUAUGGACAGAUGAUGUCGUACAACCUUAAUACUCGAGAAAGAAAGGAGUAUGAAGUCCAUGAUCAAGUGCAAGGUCAUCCUCCACCUCCAAAUUUACAAGUUCUUCCAUACACUGAGAGUUUGGUUUCUGUCAAGAGACACAAUGAGCAUGAUGGACACAUUUGAGUCAUACAUAUAACUCACUAUGUGCUUUUGUAAACCUUGAUGUGAGUUGUUGGAAAAUACGUUUCGGGCUGCACAAUGGGCUCAUGAGUUGUUUAGGUGGUUGCAAUCCUAAUGAAGGUAUAGAAUAAGGUAAAUGAGUGGGUUCCUAUCAGCUUCUCAGAGGUCUCUUGGACAGUCUUCCAAGGCAGUUUCAUCCAGUAUGCAAAUAGAUGCAGAGGAGUGAAAGGUUUGAGUUUCAUGGCUUGGACAACGGACAGCCAUGUUUGUUGUCUUGUGUCUUGAGUUUACUUGUCUUAUCUUCGAAUGGGGUUUACUUGCCUCCAAAUAUGGUAUUAAUCUUGCUAUUUCCGAAUUUGUUAUUCUAAUGUCGAGAAAUGUUUUACAUGGGUUUUAUUGAAUGUGUUUUGAAAUGGAAUUUUCUUGAUAACAAA